UUCUUCAAAUGGCAUAUCCACAAGUUCUACUCUACAAAAGAAAAAAAACAAUAACAAUAGACUCGCAGUUAGUUCCAUAGACAAUAUCAAUCCAACACCGGCAGCGCCCCCAUUGGCAAUAACGCCACCACAAUUCCAAAUAUCUGACGAACAGAGGGUGGAAAUAAAAGAAGCUUUUGAUUUAUUUGAUAUAGAUAAAGAUGGUGCUUUAGACCCACAUGAAUUAAAAGUAGGAUUUAAUGAAAAAAAGGCCGAAGCUCUCGAAAUUAUACAUAAAUACGAUAAAAAUAAUGAGGGAGUUAUUUCAUUUGAGGAUUUUAAUAAAGUCAAUGAGAUUCGUAAGGCAUUCCAGCUUUUUGAUGAUGAUAAUACAGGAAAGAUUUCGUUAAAUAAUUUAAAACGAAUAGCUAAUGAGUUAGGUGAAAACUUGGACGAAGAGGAGCUUCAAGCAAUGAUAAAUGAAUUUGAUUUAGAUGAAGAUGGAGAGAUAAAUGAGGAAGAAUUUAUAAGAAUUAUGACAGAUGAUUCUUGA